GGCACCGCCGCGGCAGGCCCCGUCCCGCUGUUUAAAUGCCGGCGACGGUUGGCGGCCUCGGUAGCGACCGCGGCGGGAGCGCAGCAGCGGCCGGGCGCGGGCAGCUUGGUGGAAACCAUGGAGGAGCUGACAGGCCUGGGCCGGGUCUCUGCAGAGGAUGAGGAGCAGCUGGCAGCCCUGCUGGCCCUGUAUGCCCGGCAGGGACACAGCAGGGAGUCGACACAGUCCUCUGAGGACGCCUGCUGUGAGGCCUCUCUCGAUCUGGGGGUGCAGCCAGCCCUUCCCGAGGAGCAAAGGGGCACCAAGAGGUUGGUGAUGAAGAGGAAGGUGCUAAGGCACAGACCUGAUGGAGGAGUGGAGAUCUCUGACGAGUCAGAGAACGACCCUGAGGUGUGGAGCCUGAGGCAGAAAAUGCUCCAGCCUGAGACUGACGACAGCAUCUCUGAGGGGGAGAUGGAGACCAGCAGCAGCAUCUUCCCCCGUGAGUCCGAAGGGGACAGUCCCCUCCUGCUCAGGGAGUCCCGGAGCCGGAGCUCUCGCACUUCUCAGUGCAGCACAGCGCCCAAAUCCUUCAUCCCCCCUCGGCUGGAGCCGCUGGGACAUCACCGAGGCAAGACCGACUGCGUGGCCAAGUACUUCGACUACAAACGGGAGUGGGACAAGUUCGGGAUCCCGGGGGAGAAUCCGCGGCUGGAGCUGCGCAGGAGCAUCCGGGAGCAGAUGCGGUGCCCGCCCGAGCUGCCCGCCAGGGCCCCGCAGCCCUGCGUGCCCAACACCUACAUCGUGCCCACCGAGAAGAAGCGGGCGGCGCUGCGCUGGGCGGUGCGCUGGGAGCUGGCCAAGGGCCUCCUGCCCCGCGGGGCCUCUCGCUGGCUCUCCAAAGCCCACAGCUUCUGACGGCUCCGCGGCCUCUGCCCCACAACCCCCACCCCAGCUGGGGCAGGUUUAUGGCACCUGGGCACUGCCUCUGCUUAAUAAAAGGUCUGGAAGGUUUGGGGGGUGCUGUGGGUUGUUUAAGGUCUCCUGAGCCCCUUGGAUUCCCCAUCUAUCAUAACCCCACCCCACUCUGGGCUCCUCUUGCCUGUUUUUACCUCAUUUUGAUAAUAAAUUAAUUUGGGGGUGA